AUGGAAAAUCAAGAGACGUCCGAGUCUCCGACUCGCCUUGCGCCUCUGUUCCCCUCCGACCAGAAAUCGACUGCUUCCGAGGCGAGUUCUGCAGAGGCUUCCUCCUCUCACUUCCCCUCAGGCGUCGUGUCUCCGUCUGGCCUAACCGCCGCGGGUCCGCCGCUGUUCUUCUCCAGCGCCGUGCAUGAAAAUUCUCUGUCGCACUCUCGCCUGACUCCCCUGUCUGACGGCGGCGGUCGCGGGACCGCUCGCGGGAUUCAGGAGCCUCAGCGGUCCGCGUCGCCUUCGCUGCGUCUGCCCGGAGCACGACCCCAGGCUCCCGAGUCGCCUGCAUCGCGCCACAGCCCAGGCGCCCUCCAACUUUCUCCCGGCUCCCCGCGGCGACAAGCCACCUCGGCGCCAUCGCCUUCAGUCUCACAUGGCUCAGGUCUGUCGACACAGAGGCGACCGCCGCGGCAGUCUGCGCGACCCGGAACGGAGCAGAGACAGCAGCUGUCCCCAGGAGAAGCCACAAGUCCAGCGACAUGGAGGUCCGGCAACCGAGGAGGCAAAGAGGACGCUCUGAGGCAGGCGUCUCCGUCGCAGGCGCGAGCGAGCAGCGCGUCUCGUGUGUCUCCGCGAAUCGUCGGCGUGUACGCGGCGUCUGUGACGAACGCCACAGGCGGCGCAAACGCGAAGAAACGAGGACUCAAGCUGUCGGAGGACGGCGGUGCUUUUGGCGACGAGACACGGAUUCCUCAGGCGGAAAGUGGAAGGCAGCGGCUGGACAGAGAAGGCGCCGCAACAGAGGGUGACGUAGAGCCUCGGACGACGGGUGACGCGCACCCGAGAGCCGCCAGGCCGGCGUUGGGCCUUGCGACUUCUUCAGGCGACGGAAAGUCCCCAAGAGGCUCGCGUGUCUGUACAGCAGGAAAGACGGGAGGCGAACGCGGCGAGGAGGACUGCGAGAGAGUUGAGGAAAGUCAAGAUGCGCCCCGAGCGACACCCGGCGCAGACAGCGGACCCAGCUACAAAGCAGGAGCGAUCCGCCAACAGCCGGGAUCCCCCGAAACCUUUCAGCUGAUGCCCGUUGUGGGGGACCGAGCAAUUGCGACCGGGGCGAGGAAAAGGAAGAAAAAGAAGUCAGCCUUCAGACGCCGAAGCGCCGACGGCGGAGAACGACCGGAGAAACCGCCGGUCGGGAAAGGCGGAUCGCUUUUCCUCCACCCUGCUCUGGGCGACGACUCAGAAGAACACUCAAGGCCAGGCGAAGACGAGGGCCAUCCGACCUCGGCGCUCUGCUCGACAGAGUGCUGCGGACUCUUUUGGCGACGGAGGUGGCACGCAAUGAAGGGAGGCUUCUGGGGCUGGGGCUUCACCAAUCGACCGAGGGAAGGCCCGCGCUACUACCUGAGCGAAAUCUUCGCGGCUCUCAUCAUCGCGCUGACUCAAGUUCCAGAAGCAGCUUCGUUCGCCAUGAUGGCGAAUUUGCCUCCUGCCAUCGGCGUGCACAGUGCCUGGCUCAUCGGCCUCUUCGCCUGCGGCCUCGGCGGACGGCCAGGGAUGAUUAACGGUGUCACAGGCUCGUUUGCAGCGACGAUUGCGGCGUAUGUGACGCGCAGGUGUGCAGAGUCUGCAUGCACGUACGAGGGCGUGGAGACGCUGGUGGCGUCGGUGUUUCUGGCAGGACUGAUUUUGAUGAUCUUCGCGUACAGCCGCCUGGCAUGUCUCGUCCAGCUGAUUCCUGCGUCCGUCACGAUUGGGUUCUGUAACGGCAUCGCCAUCAUCAUCUUCCUGGCGCAACUUCAGAUUUUCAAAGAUCCCUCAACAGGCGCCUACAUCACGGGCAACCGCGCAGCCUGGAUGGCUGGCGAAUGUUGUCUAGCCGCAGUCAUCAUGGAGGGCUGGAAAAAGGUUCCUUUUGUGGGGAAGCUGCUGCCCGGGUCUUUGAUUUCCAUGGUGGCUGCGGGAUUGGUAGAGUUUCUUGUCGCGCGGCCGCUGUUCGACACAAAGACGCCGACGAUCGGAGAAGUUGCGGAACUGACUGCAAACUCUGCGCUGCCCUCGCCUUUUUUUGCCCAGUCUCACUUGGACUUCAAAAGCAAUGUGCAAGUGCACAGAGCAAUCAUGCAAGGAGUGAUGUUGGCCGUCGUCGCGAUUCUCGAGACGCUGAUGACUGUCGAGGUGGUGGACAUUUACGCGGCGCAGGCGGCGUUGCCUCCGGAGCCGCCUGCGGCAUGUUCUGGAAAGCGGGAGGCGCUUCUCGGGCGUCUGCUCCCGCGCCUCAAAGGGCCGUCGCAGCCGCCGCAGACCCCCGCGGAGGCGGGGUAUCCUGGCGUCUUUUCUCCGGCGUCAUCAGGCGACAAAUUCGGCUUAUAUAACGGUGUGGCGAGUGCGGGAGGUCGCGAGGCAGGGGAAGAAGAGGAGGGCGCCGAGGGGAGAUGCCCGAACGCAAAGCUGCGAGGGAGUAGCAGCCGCGAGUUCGGGGAAAACAGAGACUGCGACGGGAUGUCGUCGGGGGGAUUUGACACCAAGCAGCUGCGGCGAGGCGUCUCUUCAGAAAACACCUCGCGAGGGUCCGCAAGUCUGUCCCCACGGGCUUCGCCUCGAACGGAGAGAGACAGUCUUCAGGAGGAAAGAGAGACAAAAAGGAUUCAGAUGCCGGCCGAGUUGCCCUCGCGCAAGGCCGAGAGAGUCCGAGGCGGUGCCGACGGUCCGAAGGACGGACGAAAAUCUCCCGAGCUCUCCAGCGGCGCCUCUUCACCUUCUCGGCAGCUCUUUCUUCACGGAGAAAAUAGUGAAAUGCAGAGUGAACUGCGGAGUGGACGCGUGUCUUCCUGUUCUUCGCGGUCGUUCUCCGGCCCGCAUGCGGUGUCUGUACAGGCGAGACGAGGAGGCGAGGAGACGACGGUAGAAGAGAAGAGCGAGGUCUUUUCGCGGGAGGCGUUCGCGGUCCGUGUAGACAGAGAGGCGGGUGCUGGCCGGCGCGACGCUUCGGAUAUGGGACUGCGAGCGGGGAGUAUGGCGACGAGAGCGGGGAGUAUGGCGACGAGAGCGGGAGGAACGCAGGAGCACUCGGCGUUGCUCUGGGAGAACCCGAACAGGGAGGACGACGAGAGAACCGAUGUGGCGUCGGGACUUGGAGAGUUGGAGUCGCGGCGAGCGAACCGCGGAGAGGAAGGACUCGACGAAGCGGAGGGAGAAAAGGAACGGAGAAAGCCUGCUGUGAAAGGAGACGGCGACCAACAGAUUUGGGCUGCGGGAGUCGCAAACAUCGUCUGCGCGUUCUUCGGAGGCAUGGGUGGAGGCGCCAUGAUUGGACUGUCUGUCAUGAACCUCCGAAGCGGUGGGAAGGGCAAGGAAUCCGGGUUUCUGCAUGCAGUGUUCGUCUUCGUGUUGAUCGCGGGGGCGUACAAGGUUCUGAAUUUUUUGCCGAUUGCCGCGCUGGCGGGGAUCAUGUUUUGCGUCGCGUUCCACACCUUCAAGUGGUUCUCGCUGCCGAUGGUCGUCGCCAGUUUCCUCCCAGAAACGCUCCGUUGGAAGCAUCCUUGUCUGGUGCAAAAGAUCACGCGGGCAGACGCCAUCAUCGUCGUCAUCGUGACCCUCUGCUGCAAAUUCCUGAACGUUGCGCUGGCAGCGGGCAUUGGAAUUUUCAUCGCGGCACUCGUCUUCGCCUGGGAGGCCAAUCGACGCUUCUGCGUGGAGGCUGCAGAAGACGAAAAGAGACAAAUCAAGUACUACGAGGUCCAAGGCCCCCUCUGCUUCAGCACCGCCCACAAGUUCGAGAGCGCCUUCAACUACGACGAGGAUCCGCCCACCGUCAUGUGCAUGCUGAGCGGCAGCACGCGAUUAUUUGACUAUAGUGCGAUGGCCAGCAUGAAUGCUGUCAGCCGCGGAUACCUGCGCAGAGGCAAGACGCUGCAUUUCAAGGGCAUGAGCCAUGGAUGUCUGAACAUGAUGGCGAAGGCGAACCAUUUGAUGCAGCACAUGGACUACGAGUUGAUCGAGUUGGAAGUCCCGCCGAUUCAUAACCUGGUGGAGGUCCAUCCAGACGACGACCGUGAGUCCGCGCUCGCAGAGUCGCUUUUCGCGCCUUCCCAUGCAGCCUCGCGGACGUCUUUCUCUCGGAAGCAGGGGCAGGCUGCGUUUGCCUCUCGAGCCGUGGACUCCUUGCCCAGACACACCUCGUCUUCUCUCUCCCGCGUGCUCACAGGCUCGGGACAGCAGCAGCCCUCUGCAGACGUGAGCGAGGGUCGCAGCGAGAAGCGCUGGGUCCUGGAGAGACAGGAGACACCUGUCUGCGUCCCCGACGACGCGUCGCAGAAGUGCGUCUUCAAGCGCCAGGGCGAGUCGGAGGCGUCCAAACGCACUGCAUGCGAAACGACCGCCGGCGCGAGUUUAUCUUUCUCCCUCUUUGUCGGCGGCCCCGGGGACUUGCAGGCGCACGACGAGGAGACAGAGAGCGCGCCGGGCGGGGAACGAGGGAGGAGGUCAAACGCGAGAAGAGUCGACUGA